UGCAGGGCGCGCGGCUUUGGCGGUCUCCGCGGGGCGCUGGGCUGAGGGGGGGGGAACCCCCUGUUUCCCUGCCCUGCAGCCGGGCAGGGCUGGAGCAAGCGCUCGUGGGUGGGCAUCUUUCGGCCUUUUCAAUUCCCGGGCAGAUCUAUUAGCAGCUCAGAUGCCUUUCCCGCGAGGCGCGCCCCGCCCCGUGGCAGUUACCGAACCCUCCGCUUAAAACGGGAGUGGCCGUUUUCAACGGCUUCAGCAUCACACGGGGGCUUUCCCAUCUCGCGUGAAAACGCCUCUGCGGGAGCCUGGCCCACGGAGGAGGGUUCGUUGCCACAGGGACUGCGGAAGUGUUGGUAUUUCCGCGGCACCAAGGCAAUUUAUUUUUCUAUAGUGUCAUCUGUGGGAGAUCACAUUAAAAAACAGCAACAAUCAUCCAACCCCUCAACCUAGGUGCAGGAUUGAGACUCCAGCAGAAUCUCUUCGUCCUGUUCUAGUCGCUUAAAUUAAAAUGACGUGCAUGCAUAAACCCUCAUUAAUAUAGUCUAGCAGGAUUAGUCUGUACCCUUAACAGCAAGACAGGUAUCUGAAAUUUCACCUGCUCCUCUGUCUAGCUGGCUAAAUGCUAGUGCUGUUGUGAGAAGAGUUCUGCUCUAGAGGAGUGCGUGUGCUGCAGUUAGGAUGUGCUUGUGAGAACCUAAAGCUAUGAUGUGGUUAUGCUUGGCCUCAAGUGACUUCACUAGCUGUGUAAGAGGUGUCAGGUUGGGUUACACCUUUUAGCAGAGUUACUGCUUCCCAGGAAAGAGUCCCCCAUCCUAUCCUGAGUAUUGGGAUUGAUCAUGUCGUUCCGAUUUGGACAACACCUCAUCAAGCCCUCGUUUGUGUUUCUGAAGACCGAACUGUCCUUCGCGCUUGUAAACAGGAAGCCAGUGGUCCCUGGGCAUGUCCUUGUUUGCCCACUCCGGCCCGUGGAGCGUUUCCGCGAUCUCCGUCCUGAAGAAGUGGUUGAUUUAUUUCAAACAACACAAAUGGUUGGAAAUGUGGUGGAGAAACAUUUCUGUGGCACUUCGCUCACCAUUUCGAUUCAGGAUGGUCCUGAAGCUGGGCAAACUGUGAAGCACGUUCAUGUCCAUGUACUUCCAAGGAAGGUUGGCGACUUCAGCAGAAAUGACAGUGUCUAUGAUGAGCUGGAACGUCACGACAAAGGAGAAGAGGACUCCCCUGUCAAGUGGAGGUCUGAGGAUGAAAUGGCAGCCGAAGCAGCAAGCCUGAAGAAAUAUUUUCAGUAAAAUCUGAGGUGAGACAAUCUGGAACAAAUCCUGGAGCAUAAGAAAACCAAAAAAGGGACUCAUUCUCCAAGUGCUCUGUGACACUGGAUCUGCAGCUAACCAGCUUAGAUGACAUUCCACAAACAAUGGAUUCAUCCAUGAAACACUUUAUUGUACCGUUGGAUAGUGGCGGGGAUGAAUUUCACCUAAGAUGACUGACAGACUGGAUUCAACACAACCUUUUGCAUAAUGGCUCAGAUUUUUGAAUGAUGUACUUGGAAGUGAAUCUUUUAAAAUUGGCCCCGGGCCUAAACUGAAAUUAAAUAUUAGCAGCAAUAUUUGUCUGGUGUGUU